AUGUACAGGUACUUGGGGUUUCCAUCUCCAUCGUAGUCACUGUUGGGAAAAAGGAGCGAUUGAAAAGAGCCGAGUACUGGUUAAAUUUUGGGAAAAAAACAAGACUUCUGUGCUCAUUCAUCGCUGAACACCUCACACUCUCUCUUUCCUUUCUUUUCUGCUACUCUGCUUCUGCUUCUUCUUCUUCUUUACAUUCGCUGCCCAAUCAAAGUGUUUUUCUUGGAUUUGGAUGGAAAUAGUCGCUGUGUUCUGCGUUUGAAUUCCAUAUCGUACGAAAAAAUCAUGUUGCUCAGAAAUUUGGUGGUGGCAAUGCUAUUUGUCACCGUAAUUGCUCCGAUUCUUCUCUACACUGAUAGAUUCGCUGCCUUCAGGGCUUCCUCUUCUAAAGCUAAAUUUCUCGAAGAUGUUGGGUCUUUUACUCAAACUCUUCCUGGUGAUACCAGGCAUCAUCUCCAUGUCUUACCCCAUGAAUCGUCUGCCGUGCUUAAAGAACCCAUUGGAAUUGUUUUUACGGAUAACUCUACCAAUUCACCUGCAGAAACCUUCUCCAGCGCUACAAUUCCAGAUUCAUCAGCUCAAGAUACAAGAGAGCAUAAAUCUGCUAGAGUAUUAUCUGCCACCAACGAAGGACAUCAAUCUCGAACUGAUAAUGCCAUCAGACAGGUUACUGACACUACUAAUCAAAAGGAAAUCGGGAAAGAUGCCGGGUUUGCUAAGGAAAAGGAUCCCAAACAAAGGGCAUCCGAUGGAGUAUCUGACACUGCCUCUCAAAAUGUGCUUGAGCAGCAAUCUGCUCUAACUUCUGGAAAGAUCAAUGAGAAGGAGCUUGUCAAGUCUAAAACUGAUAAACAGACAACUCAAACACCUAUUCCAGAUGCUCUAGUGCGGCAACUAAGAGAUCAACUUAUCAGGGCAAGGGUUUACCUAUCUCUUCCAGUCACCAAGAACAACCCCCAUUUAACAAGGGAACUUCGGUUACGGAUAAAGGAAGUUCAACGUGUACUUGGGGAUGCAACUAAAGAUUCUGAUCUUCCAAAGAAUGUCAAUGAGAAGUUGAAGGCAAUGGACCAAACAUUGGCAAAAGGCAAGCAGAUGCGGGAUGACUGUGCUACUGUUGUUAAGAAGCUUCGGGCUAUGCUUCACUCAACUGAAGAGCAGCUUCGAGUGCAUAAGAAGCAGACCAUGUUCUUGACACAGUUAACAGCAAAAACGCUUCCUAAAGGUCUACAUUGUCUUCCAUUACGCUUGACUACAGAGUACUAUAGCUUGAAUUCUUCUGGGCAACAAUUUCCUAAUCGAGAGAAAUUAGAAGACCCUCAGUUGUAUCAUUAUGCAUUAUUCUCAGAUAAUGUUCUGGCUGCAGCAGUUGUUGUGAACUCCACUGUUACCCAUGCUAAGGACCCUUCGAAACAUGUUUUUCAUAUCGUUACUGAUAGACUCAACUAUGCAGCAAUGAGAAUGUGGUUUCUAGUGAAUCAGCCAGGCAAAGCUACUAUUCAGGUUCAGAAUAUUGAAGAAUUUACGUGGUUAAAUUUGAGUUAUAGUCCUGUUCUCAAGCAGCUGGGUUCUCCUUCAAUGAUAGAUUAUUACUUUAGGGCACAUCGUUCUAACUCUGAUAACAAUUUAAAGUACCGAAACCCAAAGUACUUAUCUAUCCUGAACCAUCUACGCUUUUACCUGCCUGAGGUCUUCCCAAAGCUCAACAAAGUGCUGUUCUUAGAUGAUGAUAUAGUGGUACAGAAGGACCUUACUGGCCUUUGGUCCCUUGAUUUGAAGGGUAAUGUUAAUGGUGCUGUAGAGACUUGUGGAGAAAGCUUUCAUCGUUUUGAUCGAUAUCUAAACUUCUCAAAUCCUCUUAUCUCAAAGAAUUUUGAUCCUCAUGCUUGUGGAUGGGCAUAUGGAAUGAAUAUCUUUGAUUUGGAGGAAUGGAAGAGGCAAAAUAUCACUGCGGUGUAUCAUAGAUGGCAGAAGCUGAAUCAUGACAGGUCGUUGUGGAAGUUGGGGACUCUACCACCUGGCCUUAUUACUUUCUGGAAAAGGACUUAUUCUCUUGACCAAUCAUGGCAUGUACUGGGCCUUGGCUAUAACCCCAAUGUCAACCAAAGAGAGAUUGAACGAGCAGCUGUUAUACACUACAAUGGUAAUAUGAAACCAUGGCUUGAGAUAGGCAUAUCCAAGUACCGCAACUACUGGGUGAAGUAUGUGGAUUAUGAUCAUGUGUACUUGCGAGAAUGCAACAUUAAUCCCUAGAAGAGUCCUCUUGGUAUCAAUUCACUAGAGUUCUGCUGCACAUCAUGUGGCCAAACAUUUUUACAGGUCUGCAUCAUUCUGUGUAGGUUCUUUUGCUAUCUACAUAGAAGCUUCUGAGCUCAAUCCUUUUUGAAUACAAAUUUUUUUCCCUAUCCUUAUGGUAGUUAAUUUUGGAACUCUUGGUUACAUAUCUGCAAUUUGGCAGUUGUUUUUGUAAAUGAUUGUGAGUGUUUUUCUUUUUUGGAUGUAAUAUUAGUUGAUCAACAUCUUUUCUAUUCAUAUCUUCUUAUCCUAGCUUCAGUUUGCAGACUUCAUCAUUCGGCAUCCCCUUGCUCAAGUAGUGGUGAAUCCUUUAUAAUUUGGUGGCUUCCUUUAUAUGUUCUUGAAUAAAAAUUCUGAAUACAGUGAAUUGCUAGACUAGCAUAUUUGUAUUAUAUUUGGAUUCCAUUUUUAUAUCUUAUACAUUAGAAGCUACUAGAUAAUCUAAUAAUAUUUGAUA